AUGUCCAAGCGGCAGCAGAAGAAGCAGGUGUUGCGGGAUGCACGCCUAGAGCGGAAAGGCCAGAAAAAGUCUCAGAAACAGGUUGACGCCUUGGCUUCUGCCCUUGCCAUCCUGCAUGACCAUUUGGCGGAGCAUCUGGGACGCGAGCCAGAAAGAGAAACCAAUGAAGGUCCAUCCCAUGAUCAAAGGAAGGUUUUGGAGGUCUUGCUCGAAACUACCUUCGGGGAGCGAUGCUCCACUUACGCGAGCCUGCCCUUGGUGCAUGGGCCAUGCACAGACCACAAGGAAGACCACUCGAAGGGCUUAGAGGAAGGACGGAAUGGGUACAGUGCGACCCAUGAUGGGCUACGGGUGUUGGGUUCCUGCCUCCUGCGGCCGCCGCGCUACAAUGCCAAGUUCUUGCCGCAGGAAUAUUCGCUCCUUCACAAGGUGUGGAGCCUGUUUCGUGGGGAAGGGAUGAGCAACUGUGGAGUGCUUGACAUUGGAGCCGGCAAUGCCAACUGUGCGGUUCUGAUCGCAGCACUGCUUGGGUUGACCGUGAUCUGUGUCGAGCGCGAGUCUCCCAGGAAGGAGCUGCGGGCAGAAGAGCAACUGCCAGAAGCCUUGAAGCGCAAAGUGAUCCGCAUCGAAAAGGACAUCGAAGACUUUGACAUCGCCACUUUGCAAAGUCUCGCAUCCCGUCACAACUUAAAGAGAUUUGUGCUGCUGGCCAAGCACCCCUGUGGCAUCGGUGUUGAUCGAUCGAUCGACUGUGCUGUCAAGCUCCGGAAGUCCUCACGGGCCUCAAUUCCGUCACUUCCAUCACUUCGGGCAGAGCCACAAGAGACGCAGCACACGCAGCCCUCAGAUCUGCCGCAGCUUCUGGGUGUUGUGAUUGCAUGUUGCUGCACGAACAAGCUAAGCCUGGACGACUUCAGGGAGUCAAGGGUGGAGGAGUUCUGCACCGCGAAUGCCGCUGUGGAUCCAGCCGGGCUACCUUCGAAAACUGAUGCUUUAGUCAGAGCAGUUGAGGUGAUGAGCAAGUGCAGCGCUUGGCGAAGUACCUCAGGCAGCCUGGGAAAUGCCAUCACCAGUGAGCAGGUGUCUUGGGCAGAGCUGUUCGAAGACCACUUGCAGUCCUUGCGGCUGAAGCGCUUGUCAGCGGAAUUCGGCACCUCUGGUGAGGUACGGUUUGCCCCGCGAGAAUGCACUCUUCAGGACAGAUGCAUCCUCGCCGCCGAGCCUCCACUACCUGAUGCCAUUUAUGCUUCUUCAGAUCCGGCCUUUCUCCUUCAACUUGAGAAAGGGGUCAGAGAACUCUUCAACGAGUCAGGCGGUCCAUUGGACUGCAGGCCUAAGGGGCUCAAAUCCGCGAAGUAUGACUUCGAUUACACAGACUGA